AUGGCACAUGGUCAAUCAAUGUCAUGUUCAUGUAGUUUAGAUGCAGCAGGUAUGACAAUGCUCUGUACUAAUGUCCACUCACUGAUUACUUAUCAACAAUGUAUGCAUGAGCAACUUAAUGCACAAUCAGAUUUAAAAUUAAGGCGUGGUGGUAUUAUAACAAAUUUAACAAUUGUUCAUCACGAAUUACGUAGCUUAUCGAAUGGUUUAUUACAAUUCUCCUAUGGGCCUAAUAAUGUUUAUCAAUUGAUUGAUUUACGAUAUUUAUAUGUUACACAUGGCAAAUUACGACAUAUUGAAAAUGGAGCUUUAGGGUUGAUUGAACGCGCUCUUGAAUAUCUUGAUUUAUCAAAUAAUGAACUUCAACAUAUACCUCGAAGUGAGAAUGAUCAAUAUAGCAAUCUUGUAAAACUUGCCCUUUCGAAUAAUCAAAUUCAUCGUUUGGCACUAGCAGAUAUUCGAGCAUAUCCUCGUUUGCAACACCUUGAUUUAUCAUCUAAUCGUCUGCAAUAUGUUGAUAUGUUAUUAGUUCAUCAUUUAAAAAAUUUGAAACAAUUAUUUUUAAAUUCAAAUAUGUUAAGAACGUUAACGAAUAAUAUAACAUUUCCAAAUAACUUUCAUUUAAAAUUAAGUUCAAAUACGUUAGAAUGUGAUUGUCGUCUUCGUUGGUUACGUAAUGCAUUGCAUCGUGUUGAAUAUCCUAUUUAUCAUGAUGACCCACAAUGUGAAACGCCUAAAGCAUUAGCAGAUAAAAAAAUUGUUGCUCUACGUGAUGAACAAUUUGUUUGUGGACCGAUCAUAUCGAAGCCUGAUUUAACUGUACUUAUUGCAACUACUGGUGAAGUUGCAACACUUCGAUGUGAUGUCUACUCUGAUCCAGCACCUGAUGUGUGGUGGACAUAUCAAAAUAAAAUUAUCGGAAAGAUUAUAUCAACUGUAAAUGAACCUGAUAUUCAUGCUGGUUCAUAUACAAUACGUUUCUCAUGUUUCUCAUCUUAUCCUGAAUCAUCGCCAUCUUCAACAUGUCUUAAUAAAACAACAACAUUAACAAUAUCUAAUAUUGCUACAGAACACAAUGGAACAUAUAAUUGUGUUGCUGCUAUACGUAAUCAAGGUCGUUCAGACAAUGAGUAUCUUUCAUAUGAAUUGCGGGUUCGACGAUUAUCAUCAUUAACUGAUAGUUCAUUUCUUCUUUGGACUAUUGGAAUAUUUCUAUUAUUAUUUCUUUUAAUUAUCAUGCUGCUUUGUGCAUGUUGGGUAAUACGCUGUCAUCGUUCAAGUCGACUACAAGCGGAAAGAAAUAAAGCAUUAUUAUUUGAUACAAAUCAUCAUAAUGGCAUACUAUUAACAAAUGGAAAUAUAUAUAAAGAAAAAAAUGAUGAACAACAUAGUUUUGUUACUAAUGGCAGUUAUGAUCCAUACGAUAUGAUUGAUUCAAGAUCACAACUUGGUCCACCCAUGUAUAGUGAAGUACGAUUGGUUGAUUCAACACCAUUGAGAAGUGUCGGUGGUGGGUCAAUGUCAUCAUCCAUACCAUUACAUGAUACAGCAACACUUAUGCGACGUCAUCAUCCACAUGAUACAUAUUAUGAUAGCUAUAGAUCUGAUCGACAGCUUUAUGAACAAGUUUAUCGACCUUCACCCAUGGAACCAAUUAUUGUUGAUGAAUUUGAAGAUGAAAUGAUUUUUCCUACAGGCUAUGAAGAAGAUUAUGAAUAUCGAGAAGAUAUUAUGAAACCAAAUCAAGCUGUUGAUCCACGACGACAGCCUAAACAACAACUAACAAAUCAUGAUCGAGCCAAUGGAACCAUUACUCUACCUUCUAUAACAUCACAACCUCCUCCAACUGUCAAUGGCAAUCAUACAUCCCAUCAAAAAUUAAUUUUAACAUCCAAUACAAAACCAUCUCAUCAAAUGGCUAAUUCAUCAAGUUUCGAUUCGAACUAUAAAUUCGACAGAUCUGAAUCACAAUAUGCAGGUCUAGUUGAAUCACAACUCUAG